AUGGAGAAUAGCUGUAUUGGGUUUGAAGGAUCGAGAAGAUAUGGUGAGAGUAAACGAAUCGUUGGUUUAAUUGACUCAGUGAACGACUCCACGACCGAUUCAAGCCUUAGCAGCUCAAGUUGCGGUGCUGGAUCGAGCUCCGGGAGAUCUGUCUCGUCGCCGUCAUCUCCUCCGACGAAAUCGCAGCUCCUUGGAUGGCCGUUAGGGCAAGGCUCGUGGAGGAAGAGCUCAGGGAGAAUGAAGAAGAAAACUCCAACGAAAGUCGAUAAUUUUGGGUUUAAGAGAAUCGGAACAGAGACUUCAGAAAUUGAGUUGUUGAAAGAGAGAAUGGCGAAGUUGCUGCUUGGUGAAGACAUGUCAGGUUCUGGUGAAGGAGUUUGUCCUGCUUUAGCUAUCUCAAACGCCAUUACCAAUCUCUACGCUGCGAUUCUGGGGCAACAAUGGAGACUAGAGCCAUUGCCUAGCGAGAAAAAAUCAAUGUGGAGAAGAGAAAUCGAAGUUCUUCUUUCUGUUAGUGAUCACAUUGUUGAAUUGGUACCUUCCUUUCAGAAUUUCCCAAAUGGAAGCAAGAUUGAGGUGAUGAAUUGCAGACCAAGAUCAGAUCUCUUUACUUGCCUUCCUGCUCUUCGGAAGCUAGACAACAUGCUUAUUGAGAUAUUAGAUAGUUUUGGAGAAACAGAGUUUUGGUACGUUGAUCAAGGGAUUGUAGCUGCGGAAUCUGCAAGGUCAAACUCUUUCCGUGAAGAGGGAGGAGAUAAAUGGUGGCUUCCGUUGCCACGUGUGCCAUCUGAUGGACUCACCGAGGAAUCUAGGAAGAAACUGGACCAUACUAGAGACUUCACUAACCAAAUCUUGAAAGCUUGUAUGUCAAUCAACAGCAUUGCUUUAGCUGAAAUGGAUGUUCCACAAGCAUACCUUGAAGCUCUUCCAAAGAACGGAAGAUCAUGCCUUGGAGAUUUUCUUUACAGAAACAUUACAUCUGAUAGCUUCUCAGCGGAUUACUUGCUCGAAUCGAUAGAUCUUUCGUCUGAGCACGCGGUUGUGGAAAUGGCGAACCGAGUAGAAGCGUCAAUGUACAUUUGGAGGAGAAGAGCUCACUCUAGGCAUCUGAUUUUUCUGUAUCGAUCCACAACAGGUGCAAGACCCUCAUGGGGGAUGAUGGUGAAGGAGAUGAUGAUGAAUCAAAACGUUGUUGACAAAAGAGAAAUCUUUGCAGAAAGAGCAGAGAGCUUAUUGAUCCGCCUCAAGCAACGUUUCCCGGGACUUAGACAAACAGCUUUGGACACAAGCAAGAUCCAAUUCAACAAGGAUGUGGGGAAGUCUAUACUUGAGAGCUACUCAAGGGUAUUAGAGAGUUUAGCGUAUAGCAUUGGUGUACGGAUAGAGGAAGUGUUGUACAUGGAUGACAUCAGCAAGGAAGAUGUUGAUGAUUCUUGUUCAGACAAGUUGAGAUUGUUGUCUAAAGAAGCGGAAAAUGGCUGCUCAGGUGGGUCUCUAAGGAAGAGACUUUCUUCUCCGUCGUUGUUCUCUGUGUCAUUCUCAGGCACGUCAACUCCGUACAGGACUCCAUCUUUCUGUGCAUCAACUCCAAGUUAUUCGCCAAUGCCAUUGAUUAGCCCCCUUAGUGGAGGAGGAAGAGGAGAGAGAGCUCCGUUUCUCUCUGGGAGGAACAUUAGAGAACGUUGUGGGUUUGGUCCAAAGAAGGCAUUGGCCAAUUAUCUCCGGGGUUGA